CACACUUACACACGCACGGUCGGGCGCGAGCAACUCGCACACGCACACGGGCGCUCACACACGGGCGCGCGCGCGCACACAAACACACACACACACACACACACUCACGCUCAUCAUCAAUUAUGUGGCCGUGCCGCCGACGACGGAUAAUGUAGUAGUACCCGAAAUACGUAUCGCGCGUCGUUGUGUUUAUUGUGAAUAUCAUGUUAUGUUGUUGUUAUCGGCCACGCUAAUUGCCGUCCGUGUAUCGUUGUACGACGGCGAUGUUAUUGUCCGAGCUACAGCGACAUUAGUGCCGCGCGCCGCCAUCGAAUUAUCGCGAUCGUCGCCGUCGUCGUUGUUGUUAUUAUUAUUAUUAUUAUUAUUAUUAUGUAACGGAAUCGGAUCGCCGGACACUGCUGCUGGCGUCGUGCGCGAAACGGUAAGAGUGCGAAACAAUAUCACUGUUUGCCGCAAAACCCGAACGAAAAUUAAUCACAACCUUUGCAUUGACAACAACAAGUAGUUGACAGGAUUCAACGAAAAAAUAAAUCCAACUAAAAUUCAAUUCUAGGUGGCUAAAGCGUAAUUGAAUGUAUGGUGUGUGCUGCAGACUGGAAGGCACCGUGGAUUCUAUACCACAGGGCCUAUUAGACGGCCGCCCUGCCAGUUCAGUGCUUCUCACUCAUCACCAGUAUCAACAAUUACAACACAUACAAGCACAACAAGAACAAGCUGCUGCAGGAGGAUUAACAUUAACACUUCAUCAUCAAACUACCGGUACAGGAAAUAAUGGUGUACUCACAGGAGGACCUCAACUAGUUCUUGCAAGUUCUCAGGGACAAGGAAUAACCACUUUUCCAACCGUUACCACUCAACAAGGUACAACAUUACAUCACCAUACGAGUUUUCAACAAGUGCUACAUCAACAUGUUCAGCACUCAAACAUUCUUCACUCAACAAGCAUACGACAGAUGGGUGCCCAACAGCACACAUCUGGUACAAUGGUUCAACAACAACAGGCUACGGCAAUAUUGGAUACCACAAACACAAAAUGUAUACCACAAUCACCUUCAUCACCAUUCUCUUCUCGAUCACUUACUCCCUCUCCUCAGCAGAGGGUUAUUACACCCCAACCACAAGUUAUCCAUCAGGUGAUGAGUGCUAAUGGGCCGGUUUUACAAUUUAUUCAAUCAAAUAGUCGAAAUAAUGUAAAUAAUGUUCAAGUAAAAAAUAAACCGCCCCAAAUAUUACCUAAACCUAAUAAUCAUAUACAGAACCAUGCUAGUAUUAACAGCAUUAAGUCACAACAAACACAUCAUUCAACCUCAAUACAUAGUCAACAACAAGGUGCUUUCUUGAUAAAUCAAAUUAUGCCAACUGCUGGUGUAAUAGUCGGUCCUCAAACAACUAGUGGCCUCCAGCUUUUUCUCAGAUCCCCCAAUACUCAAAACCAUAAUACCCAACAAGCUCAAGUCACUUGCAAUGGUACUCAAAUUUUACUUCAACAACAACCUAGACAACAGUCAAACCAGGUUGUGAGGUUAGUAAGUGGCCAAAGUGUUCAACUACAGCAAAUCCAAACAUGUUCUGGUCCAGCUUUAGUUGCAUUAUCACCUCAAUCCAAUAUCACACAAUCAUCAAAUAAUAGGUCAAUGAAUAUUAAAAAAAAGAAACCAAAAAUGCAUUCAAGGCCACAUGAUGAUGAACCUGUACGAUUAGACCUUGCAAAUCUAAUCAAAUUAUCUGGAAUUGAUGAAGAAGAAUCUGGUACACCUACAAUGCAACAAAAUCAAUUAAAUCAAAAUAAUAGAAUACAACAAACUCCAACCCCCCCUCCACAAUCUCAUCAACAAUCUGCACCUUUAUUAGCUCAAUUGCAAACGCCUACUUCUUCAUCUCAAGGAGGUUUUCGUUUGUCUUUGGUAGAAGAUGGGCGUAUGAUUGUACAUCAACCACAGAUUACCACUAAUACACUAACUCAGAAUGUUUCUGCAAGUGUGGCUGCUGCAGCUCAAUCACAGUUAGCUCAGUUAGUUGCUGAUCAUGGUGGUCACAUUCUUCAAAAUGCUGUUCUGAGUGUGGCUGGUUCCGAAUCAUUACUUCUCAAAGGAGGCAAUGCAACGUUACCCACCCAACCACAAAAUGGUUCUGGCAUGCGUAUUUUGGCAGAUGUUUCUGGUCGUCUUCAAAUUGUAACUGUAUUAGAACCCCAAUCAUUACAACAAAAUAUUAUUAAUGGCCAACAUUUGAUGUUCCCUACUUCUGGUACUCCUGUAAGUGUUGAAAAUCGACAAAAUCAUCAGCAAUUUGUCAUGUCCACACCAGUAGAAGAUCAACAAAAUAAAGUAAUGCAGCAAAAUAAUAGUAUUCGAGUAAUGCAUAGCAGUAGUACAAUGGUGUCAAGUUUAGACCAUCAACAAAAUAGUAGCAUUCAACUUGUUUCUAACAUGAUGGAUAGUCGGCUGUUAGUAGCACCCAAUAAUGAUUCUUCAAGAAAUAAUGAUAUUUUAUUUAAUGAAGAACAAAACCGAUUGCAAAUAGUAACCAAUUCUUCUACAAUGAAUAAAAAUGUAGAGAUACAAAAUCAAUCGCCAAUAAUUCAUACUUCAGAAAGAGUGAUGCAAACUUCAAUAUCAAGGUCUAAAACCGUACCAGUAUCUUCACAUAGUCCUAGAAAUAUUCAAUCUGUGAUAAGUCCUCAAUGUAGCCCAGCUAUGUCUCAUAGCUCUAGAAGCAAUUCAAAGAGCCCUGCCUCCUAUAAUUCUCCUAUACCAUCCCCAAAUGUUUCUCAGUCAUUUACUCCAAUGUUGCCAAAUCGGCCAAAUUUAACAAUUGUAACGUCACCACAACAAAGCAACAUGCAGUUUUCAAAACCAUGUGCUGCCGUUAUAUCACAAUCAAAUGAUAAUCACAUGACAUUGUCUAAUUACCAAACAUCUAUAAUUAAUAGAACAAAUAACAGAAGUCCAUUAGCGGUUCCAUCAAAAAUAUUUAGGCCAAAUAGUCCACCUAAAGCUUCUGUUCCACUAGAAGUUCAAUCCCAAAAUGCAUUUUUGGAUAGUAUUGCUCAAUCUCAUCCAAAUAUAUUGAUCAAUAAGACUAUGGUUGUCCCCCCAUGUGCAAAUAAAGCACCAAUUAAACCAAGAAAAGUAAAAAGAGCUGCUGUUGUGAAACCAAUGGUAUUUCAAUGUGAUGAAAAAGAGAAAGAACACCAUGAUACACCAGUUCCUUUGAAUUCACCAGAGAGUAGUAUUUCAAAUCAAAGGGUAAAAACUAUACAACUUACACCACAAAAACAACAGUUGUUAAAAGCAGUUCAAAAUCAAAUAUCUGCUCUGAGCGCAAAAAAAUACCGCACAAGUAGUGAGCAAACUGCUUUACAAAGAUUGUUUAAUGAGCAACAGAAAAUUUUACAAUGUGGCAAAAUUGUUCCUACUGUUUCUGGGCAAAAUUCACAAGGAAUUACCUAUGUAUCUACACCUGUAAGAUUGGUGCCUCCACCUUGUCCAAUGGCAUCAAGUCCACCUCAUACCUUGUCACCUCCUCUUACAGUGCAAACCUCAACGGUUGCAUCUCCUCCAACUAGUAAUAAAUCAACAUCUCCCUUACAUGUACAAGUCGGAACUCAAACGUCUUGUGAACCUUCACCAACUCUUCCUGCAUUCAGUGCUUCAAAACGAAUAUCGUUAAUUUCUGAGAGGAUAGCAGCUGAUCAAUCAGGUGCGACUAAUCCAGAUGUCGUCACACCAUUUAGUUCGGCAAGUGACGCAGUUAAAAGAUUAUCACGGUAUCAUUGUUUGAAUGAAGCAGUUUUAUCAGAAAGAGAUUUGGAGUUGGCUGAUGAAAUUUUUGAGUCGACUGCCAAACAAAUGUUAGAUAAAAAAACAUCAUUGUUUAACAAAUACCGUUACCUAUUAUUUAAAGAAAGCAUGAGGGAAGUGCAAACAUCUGAAUUGAUCAUGUUGGGUCGAAAAUUUGAUGCUGAUGAGUCUGCACAAUUACAACAGUUAAAACAAAAUUUGAACACAAAUUCAGUUAAUUCAACGAGUUGUAGUGAUGAACCUAUAUCUAAAAAACGUGAACACCAACUGGAGGAUGAACAGUCUACAUCAGAAAACAAACGGCAUUGCCCUGAUGAUGAAGAAAUAAAUGCACAGGUGCAAAACGCCAUAGACAGUAUUUUGAAUUUGCAACGCAGCGAUCCGGCAACGGAUGAAGCGGUGCGCAGCAUUUUACCGUCCUAGCAUACUGGUCAUAGGAAAUGUUUGACCACAGCGUGAACAUUAAAAUAUUGGUUCCUCAGUGUACGGAUUUCCUAAACUCGAUUAUGGUAAUAUUUGACUGUGUUAAUUUAAUUUUUUUCCUUUCUUUUUUAUAUAGAUAUUUUUUCUUUAAAAUAUCUUACACAUAAUGAAACAAAUGUUUAAGUAAAAAAAUAUGUUAAGAUAGAAAUUUAAGAUAGUGUAAGGAUGGGCUUCAACAAUUCUAUAAGAGAUUUGGAAUCCUAAGUAUAUUCUUCUUGACAAUUAUGAUGUUACCAAAUUAUUAAUUUAAACAAUUCUUUAUCUAGUCUACAAACAAGUUGUUGUAUCACAUGUGUUAUUAAUGGGUUAUAUUUAUCAGUUUUCAUAGUUAAAAUAAUUGAAAAUUCAGUCAUGAAACUAAUGAACUUACUACAUCAGUUAGUUAGUUAGUUUUAUUUUUACCCUAUUAAUGAGUUUAAAAUAUAUUGCCACGUAUUUUGUUGUAUUAAUUCAUAACUUUCAGUCGGUCUCUUACUUUGAAUAAUAUAUAUUAUUGUAAAUUGUUACAAACCCCAUUUUAUUAUGUACAUCCAAUUAAAAAAAAAAAAAAAACUAAUAUGUGAUCAAGUACAUAAAAUAGUUAUCAAGAUAUUUUAUUCGUAUAUUUCUCUCAACUUAUAUUAAUUAUUUGAUAUAGACGAGAGGUAUGAGAUAUAAUUAUACAAAGUUUCGUAUAAUAAUUUACAUAAAUUAUAUACAGAGUGAUUGCAAGCAUGCUGUCGUCCCCAUUUUCCUUAAGUAUUAAAUGUAUACAAAUUCUGUUUUUUUUGACAUUUAAUUAAGAUUUAUUUACCAUUUAAUGAGUGUCCUAUGGCAAUAUAAACUUUUUUUUUUUCAAAAGAGUCCCAACGUGUUUAAUUUUAAAUUAUUAUUAGGCAAAUGAUUUUUUAAAACAUUUUGAUGUAGCUAAAUUAAAAUUUGAACAAAACGUUUGUGUGUUCUUUAAAUCUUAUUACUCAGGUUAACGUAGUCCUUUAAAAUUGUUUUGCAAAACUAUAAAGUUGAUAACCUAGUACUUAUUAUACUAUGAAGAUUUUACAAAGUAUAAAAUUAUAGAUUAAUAUGAAUUACUAUAGUUUUCAAAUCAUAUAUCCAAAUCUAUUAUUGUAGUACACUCUGUUCUAUAACUCAAAAACCAGUUUAAAUUUUGAUUUGUGUACCAAAUAUUUAAAAAAAAAAAUCAUCUACUCAACAAUUUACAGUAUAGUGUUCAAAUUGUAUAAAAAAAAAUAAAAGCUGGAAUCACCACAGGACAUUUUUUCAACGGUGUAAAAAAAUAUAUUUUCUCUGGGGGUGGCGGCAUGCUUAGUGUAUUACUCAUUUAUCUUGUAUAUCAUGUAUUCAUGUAUUUUAUUUUCUUACUAUAUGUUAUAUUUUGUUAUUAAUUGUAACCAAACAGUAUUUCUUAAUAUUAAUUAAUGAUACAGAUAUUUUUGUACUAUUUAAUACAUUUCCAGAAUUCAGAAUAGAUUACCUUAAACGCAUUGUGUUAGUUAUCAUCUUAUUUUAUUUUUAUCAUUUAGUCAAUGUCUAAUAUCAUAAUAUGUAGUAUAACAUUAAAUUAACCCAUUACCUACCUCACAUGAUUUCAACUUAAAAGUUAAAAAUAAUAUCAAGUUUUCAAUCAUACAUUACUGUCUAUUGUGAAAUGUAAAUUUAUACAAAAUUAUAUUGGAGUGGUUAAUACAUACUCGACUCCGUCCCUCAAUUUUUAUAUAUAGCAAUAAAGGCAACCAAGUAUUAAAAUAAAUUAUUCAAUAAACACAAUAUUGUGAUAACAUUUUAACAUAGUAUUUUUGUUUUUUUGUAUAUGAAUUACUCCUCUGAUAGUAAAUAGUUUUAAGUUAAGUGUCAUGAUUCAUCAUAGCAAUUUUAUAUUGGGGUUCUAUAUAACACCAAGGCUAAAAAUAUACUUUUUUUCUAAUAUAGUUUAUUCAAUUUUUUCAUUAGUAUAUUUUGUAUACUGUUAAACAAUUGGUAAUGUGCUAUCUAUUAAAGAAUAAGUAAUUUUACUUUUUAAAUUGUAGUAUGUUAAAUGUUAAAUGUUCAUUGAUAUUCUUUAAAAAUAAUCUUCUAUAAUGGCUUGUAAAAAAAAAAUAUUUGUCAAAUAUUGAUUGAUCUCUAGACUACACAUUACUGUAAUAGACUUUUGAGUAAAUAAAAUCCGAUUUUUUUUUAGCACCCAUCAUUUUACUACCUAGAUAGUAGAUAAAUAAAAUAAGACUUCUACUAUGACGUGUUUAUUAAUUUUUAUACAUUUGAAAAUAAAAAGUCUAAACUCUUUCGUGCGCGGAAGUAUUAAGCUUCUGCGUGUUAAAAAUAAAACAUAAUGUAUGAGCUAUGAUUUGGUAGCACACUAUAGAAUUAAAUACUAUAAGUCAAGUACUUUACAAUUUCUAAGCAAUAAUCAGUGUAUGUUUAAUAUAAUAUGCCCAGGUGAAGGGUAUAAAAUAAUAUGGUGGAAAAAUAUUACGUAAUUAAUCAUUAUUCUGUAGAUAGCAUAUAACAUGUCUCGAUAUAUAUUUUUUAAAUUUCAAGAUAAAAAAUAAUGAAAAAUAUAUAACUUGUAUUUCAUUAAGUAAAUUUAUUUAAGUAUGGCGCUAUUUCAUUGAAAAUUAAUACAGUUUUAUAACAAUGUUCAGCAUUUCUUUCAAACUAAACUAAGAUAUUUUUGAAAACUUUUCUCUUUAUUAUAUGACAUUGAAUUCGACAUGUAGAGAAGAAAAGGAUCAUGAUUAACAUAAAUUUGGUUUACACAAUUUUUAUUUGAACUUGAAAUUUUAGAAUUCACGCAAAUAACUCAAAGUCAUGACAUUUUCAGCCCAUCCUUACUACUUUUUUUUGCACAAAAGUCACAUAUUUGAAAUAUUAAAAGUUUUAUUAUUUUAAAGCAUCACUUAAUUAACUAGAAUACCAUAAAUUCACUUGACACAUAAUUAGAUACCUAUUUUAUAGUUGUUUAAUAAUACCCAUUAAUUUUAUUUUAUUUUUGUAUUUAAUUUAUGAUUUAUUUCUUCUGGCAACUAUCCUCGCUUUAGGUUUAGACUUUAAAUAUUUUAAUGUACCUUACCUUAACUGGCAUUUGUUUCAAUUUUAAAAUUGUCAUUGGCCAAUUAUAAUUAAAACUAGAAAAAUAUUUUGGCUCAUGUUGAUUAUUAAAAGUUUAAAGCAAGAACUCAAGUAAAUAGUUAAUUAUUCCCCCAAAUUCAAAAUCAAUUAAUUCAUCAUAUUAUAUUUUAUUUCAAUGUGUUAACGCUAUUAGUAGUUACAUUGAAUAUCAAUAUGGGCUUUGUUGAAAGUGUACCAACAACCAACAUAGGCCAAAAUAUUUUUCUAUUAUGCAUUUCCCAUUUGUUUAGUUACCAAAAGCAUUUAUAAUUUAAAAAAAUAAAUUUUAGUUUUUCUUUUGUGCAAAAUAUUAUAUUGUUUGCCAAAUGUAUCGCCGUUAUAUUUAAAGUGUAUAAUGUACUUUCGUUUAUGUUAUUUGAACGAAAGUUUUUUCCACAGGGUAAUUUAAAACCUAAAAUAAAAUUUUAAAUAUUUAUUCACUUUAGUCAAGUGUACUUAAAUAUAAACUAAUGUAACUCACUAAACGAGUAGUAUUUUAUAAUAUGCACGUACGUUUUUUUUCUACGUGUCUUGUAUAAGAUCUCAAAUGCACAAAUCUAUAGAAUUUGGGCAAAAAUCUAUAAUCUAGAUAAACAUUUUUCAUUUUGCCAUUAAUUAUAUAUUUAUAUAUAUAUACAUAUAUUUUUUUUUAAUUUAUUUUAAAGUUACUUUAUUUGUAUAAUUGUUUAGUUUAAGUCUGUAUAUGUAAAUUAUUAUUGUGCUUAAAAUGAUGUUUUGUUGUGUAUAUAAUUAUUUAAAAAUAAACUGUGAAUUAUUGUAAUAAUUUUGCAUUCUUU